AUGGCGUUCGACUUGGAUGCAGAGCCUUCACCAACUUUCGGACCCGUGGCUCUGCGCAGCGCGGCCAUCGUCCUGGUGAACUCGACUCAGCCCCUUCUGGUGGACCUCCUUCGUUACCACGGGGGAGCAGAGCCCACAACUCUCCUAUACCUUUUGCCGACGUACUUGGGCAUGGUAUUUGUCGGCCUCGCGUCGAAGACCAGGAAAAGCAUCUGGAACGAGAAGUGGGGAAGAGCGUCCCUCCUCUGCCUGUGCGAUUUGCUACACCAAAUUGCUGAAAAAGCGGGUCUCGUUUUCGCAGGCAGCGCUGCGUAUACCAUCACUGCGAGUUGGUCAACUGUAUGGACAGCUCUGUUGUCGCUGCUUAUUCUUCGGAAGCGACUCCAAAAGCACCAGUGGCUAGGCAUUCUUCUCAUCUGCAUUGGCUUCUCCGUGAAGGCCGCGCAAAUCAACUUCACGCGCACAAACUACGAGGCCAUAGGGAUUCUCUUGACUCUCUUUGCUUCGGUUCUGCAUGGCUUAUCUUUCGUUCUGAAUGAGAAGUACAUGACGGGCGAGCAUCGAAUCGAGGGCCCAAAUCUCGUGGGCAUGUGCGGAAUGAUCAGCAGCACAGCCGUCGCCAGCUGGAUUCUCGUGUGGACGGUGCCUCAGUGGGACGUGCGCGUGCGAGGCUCCAUUGCCAGCAAGGGCGGAUCGAUUACAGUCGUCGCCGCUGUCCACGUGGCUCUGUUCCUCCUCUCGGUCCUCCGGUCGGCGACGCUGUGGUACCUCUUGAAACACGUCGGCGCAGUGUCUUCCGGGAUCCUCAAGGGAGCGCGGACAGCCGUGGUGUUUCUCCUCAGCCACGUCUUCUACUGUCACCUGCAGGAGUCGCAGUGCAUGACGUCGGUUAAGGCUCUCUCCGUCGUGCUCUGCGUUGCAGGCGUGCUGGUAUAUUCCGUCGGCGACCGCCUCGUGUCUCGCGAACUGUUUACCCGCGAGAAGCCCGCGCCAGGGAAAGCCUCUUUCGCCACUUCGCACUCCUCACUUCCGCCUCCCCUCCCUUCGAGCAACAAACACCACGCCCGAAAGCGACACUAA